AAAUCCAAGAUUGUAACCGACAGCAAAGAUCCUAUAAGAGCUUUGACCGACAGCGCUGAGUCUGUAUCGCUGUUUCUCCGCCGUUGCUGCCCAGCGCGCCGCUUGACUCGGGGGUGACUCGGUGCAGCGUGGAGUCGGCGCCCGUUGAACAGAGGGGACAUGCGGCGCUCUAUCGGGAAGGUGGAUGGUCUGAUGUGGCUGCUGGCAGGUCUCCACACUGCGGCGCUGUGCAGAGCAGGAACGGCAGCCACCGCGGGCUCCAUCACCACCAUCCCCGUGGGUGGAACGGUGAUGUUCCCCAUCCUACAUCACAGCCAGGAGAGGUUCGAGGUAGCGAUGGGGCGGGUCCAUCCCGAUCUUGCAAUCCUGGCCUGGAAGUCUGACAGCCCGGAGUAUCCAUACAUGGUGCGCCCGUCCUACAGGAACAGGGUCCGCUUCCGACGGGACACCUUCAUCGAGCUGCGGGCCGUGAGGCCGGGUGACCAGGGGACGUACGAGGUGCAGACAAACUACUUGGGGAAGGAGCUGAGGGACCGUGACCGGGAGCACUUUGAGCUGCGAGUGAUCGAGCCGAUGUCCACACCGACCGUGGAGGUCAGCCACAACUCGUCGCAUCUCACGCUGAACUGCUCCACCACCAGCGGCUGCCCCGUCACCUACCGGUGGGAGCGGCGAUCGCAGGAUCCCGGCGUGGGGAACGCCACCUUCCCCGGAGCCGUGCUGUACCUGCCGCACCCGGGGCAGCACACCUGCGCCUACAGCUGCGUCGCAGAAGAUUGCUGCAGCAGCCGUGCAGUCCCUGCAACGCUGCACUGCCACGCCCAACCCAGAGGGUCCAGGAGUCGUUGGGUGAUCGUUCUCUCCGUGUCCCUUCUCGCUGUGAUCCUUCUCACUGUUGCCGUGCUGGGAGUCUGGGCAUCGAAUCUCCGCAGAAACCGUGCUGAACAAGGAGCGGGGUGUGGGACCGGGAAAGUUGCAGAGUGUGGACCGGUGUACGUGGGGGUCACAGUGCACCCAGUCGCUGGGUGAUGGGGAACGAGUUUGCUGCUGUCCCAUCUCUGUGGCAGAUGUGAGUCCCCUGUCCCUGGUUCCAGUGCCCCCCAGCCUGACACUGUGGGGACGUGUAGGGGGAGGGGAGAUCACUGGACAGAUGAAGACUACAGAAUGUAUGAACUAUGAGGAAUUGAGGACCAUGGCCACCAACAAACCGUGAUGUCACCGAUUGGGGGUUUGAAGAUUCUGUCUGUGUUCUCCGUCUAUUUGUCUGUCUUUUCUCUGUAUUUUGUUUUAUUCCUAACGCAGUACAAUGUCCGUGCCGAACAUGAUGCCUUCAGACUUUAGAAUCACAGUGUUAAAUUUUAAAAGAUUAAUAUGUGAAUGACUUGUAAAAUAUACCAUCAACCUGAACAAAACUUGAUACAACACACCACAGGACAAUGGUGAUUAAGGUGGUCCAAAAUUGUAGCGCUAUCUUGUACCGUUUUGGAGUUUCAGGAACUCCGCACAGACAGACAUAGAAACAAACAAGAUGAGAGUUUUAGUAAUAUUUAGACGUGUGGGGAAGUUUUACUUUGUUACAAAGUGAUGGGGCCCGGAACACGUGGUCAAGGGUGGUGGUGGAGGCAGAUAUGAUAGUGGAGGUUCACAGGCACAUGGUUAUGGGGGGGGGAUGUGGAUCAUGUACAGGCAGAUGUAAUGAGGUUAUUUUGGCAUUGUGUUCAGAAUGGACAUUGUGGGCCGAAGGGCCUGUGUUGUACUUUUCUAUGUUCUAUAAGAAUCUUGUGGUAAACUUUACCAAAGUCUAUAUAUACAACAUCUAUCCAAUCCCCAUUGACUAUUGCAUUUGUUGCUCUUUGGGAAAGUGUAAUUUAUACAAAGUCUGACUAUUGAUGCUAUGGAUGUUUGUUCUGCAUGUUUUAGUGCAGCUUGUGAUGACAUUGUAACAUACGCUUUGUACAUAUUAAAUCAGAUUUAUUUUAACACCU